ACAUAUGGUUGAUGUCAGGCCAAAUGUAUGGCAUGAGAACACUGCUAAUUGUUGGCUAAACAGCAAACAUCUGGCACCAAGCCAGGAAUAUGAGUUGAUAUGAAGCAUAGGUUUUUUCCACGUUCUAUUACGAUCUCCAUCUUACGUGUCCUGUCUAUUCACAUGAUCCUUUGUUCUGCGUCGUCCAGGGCUCAGCAUUUGUCAUCUUCCCCGUCCAGACCAUCACUACUGUGGAUUCCAGGGUGGUUCAGCUGGGUUACCUGGACGGACGACUAUUGGUGUCCUCUCUCAGCCGCUGCUACCUCUGUGACACGGAGAGGUACGUGUGGGGACGUAACCGGGUGUGGUAGGCUGCCCAGGACGUAACCGGGUGUGGUAGGCUGCCCAGGACGUAACCGGGUGUGGUAGGCUGCCCAGGACGUAACCGGGUGUGGUAGGCUGCCCAGGACGUAACCGGGUGUGGUAGGCUGCCCAGGACGUAACCGGGUGUGGUAGGCUGCCCAGGACGUAACCGGGUGUGGUAGGCUGCCCAGUGUUUUUGUUUUUAGCGUGUAAUAUUAUCUGGUCAAUGUCUGUAAGGUUUUUUUGUCUAUAAGGUUAAAGGUACGACCCAGUUCCUCCUCCUCCUCCCGAUCCACAGGGAGAAGUUCUGGCGUGUCGGUAACAAGGAGCGUGACGGGGAGUAUGGAGCGUGUUUCUUCCCUCUGAGCCGUGGUGCGACCGCUGGCCAGCCCCCCCUGCUGUACUGCGCUAGGCCUGGGUCUAGAGUCUGGGAAGCCAGCUUCAGUGGAGAGGUCCUCAGCACACACCAGUUUAAACAGCUGCUGGCCGUUCCACCUGUACCCCUCAUCACCUACAGGUGCGUGUGUACAGCGCCUUCAGAAAGUACACACACCCCUUGACUUAUUCCACGUUUUGUUAUGUUAACUGCCUGAAUUCAAAGUGGAUAAAAAAUAGUUUUACCCCAUCUACACACAAUACCCCAUAAUGACAAAGUGAACACAUGUUUUUAGAAAUUAUUUGCAAAUGCAUUGAACAUUUUAUACAGAAAUAUCUAAUUUACAUAAGUAUUCACACCCCCCGAGUCAAUACUUUGUAGAAGCACCUUUGGCAGCGAUUACAGCUGUGAGUCUUUCUGGGUAAGUCUUAAGAGUUUUCUACACCUGGAUUGUGCAACAUUUGCCCAUUUUAAUCUUUUCAAAAUAAAAGCUGUGUCAAAUUGGUUGUUGAUCAUUGCUAGACAACCAUUUUCAGGUCUUGCCAUAGAUUUUCAAGCAGAUUUAAUUCAAAACUGUAACUUGGUCACUCGAGAACAUUAACUGUCUUCUUGGUAAGCAACUCCAGUGUAGAUUUGGCCUUGUGUUUUAGAUUAUUGUCCUGCUGAAAGGUGAAUUCAUCUCCCAGUGUCUGGUGGAAAGCAGACUGAACCAGGUUUUCCUCUAGGAUUUUGCCUGUGCUUAGCUCCAUUCCGUUUAUUUUUUAUCCUGAAAAACUCCCCAGCCCUUAACGAUUACAAGCAUACCCAUAACAUGAUGCGGCCACCACUAUGCUUGAAAAUAUGGAGCGUGGUACUCAGUAAUGUAAUGUGUUGUCUUGGAUUUGCCCCAAACAUAGCACUUUUGUAUUCAGGACAAAAAGUGAAUUACUUUGCCACAUUUUUUGCAGUAGUACUGCUUUGCGAGGCAUUGGAAAACCUCCCUGGUCUUUGUGGUUGAAUCUGUGCUUGAAAUUCACUGCUCGACUAAGGGACCUUACAGAUAAUUGUUUGUGUACGGUACAGAGAUGAGGUAAUCAUUCAAAAAUCACUAUUAUUGCACAGAGUGAGUCCAUGUAACCUAUGUGACUGGUUAAGCACAUUUUUACUCCUGAACAUAUUUAGGCAUGCCAUAAAAAAAAGUUAUGGCAGUUGAAUGCUUAUUGACAUUUCAGCUUUUCAUUUUUUUUUUUUUUUUUAUAAUCUAAAAGCAUAAUUCGACUUUGACAUUAUGGGGGUAUUGUGUGUAGAUCAGUGACAAAAAUCUCGAUUUUAGUCAAUUUUAAAAUCAGGCUGUAUCAAUAAUGUGCAGAAAGUCAGGGGGCACUGUGUGUGUGUGUGUGUGUGUGUGUGUGUGUGUGUGCUUCUAGGCCUUCUAGGUGAGGGGGGAAAAAGUAUUUGAUCCCCCUGCUGAUUUUGUACGUUUGCCCACUGACAAAUAAAUGAUCAGUCUAGAAUUUUAAUGGUAGGUUUAUUUGAACAGUGAGAGACAGAAUAACAACAACAAAAUCCAGAAAAACACAUGUCAAACUGAAAUAAAAGAUCCCAGAAAUGUUCCAUACACACAAAAAAGCUUAUUUCUCUCAAAUGUUGUGAACAAAUUUGUUUACGUUCCUGUUAGUGAGCCUUUUCCUUUGCCAAGAUAAUCCAUCCACCUGACAGGUGUGGCAUAUCAAGAAGCUGAUUAACCAGCAUAAUCAUUACACAGGUGCACCUUGUGCUGGAGACAAUAAAAGGCCACUCUAAAAUGUGCAGUUUUGUCACACAACACAAUGCCACAGAUGUCUCAAGUUUUGAGGGAGCGUGCAAUUGGCAUGCUGACUGCAGGAAUGUCCACCAGAGCUGUUGAAUGUUCAUUUCUCUACCAUAAGCCGCCUCCAACGUUGUUUUAGAGAAUUUGGCUCUAUGUCAAACCGACCUCACAACUGCAGACCACGUGUAACCACGCCAGCCCAGGACCUCCACAUCUGGAUUCUUCACCUGCGGGAUCAUCUGAGACCAGCCACCAGGACAGCUGAUGGAACUGAGGAUUAUUUCUGUCUGUAAUAAAGCCCUUUUUGUGGGGAAAAUCUAAUUCUGAUUGGCUGGGCCUUGCUCCACAGUGGGUGGGCCAGUCUCCCAAGUGGGUGGGCCUAUUCCCUCCCAGGCCAACCCAUGGCUGCGCCCCUGCCCAGUCAUGUGAAACCCGUAGAUUAGGACCUAAUGAAUGUAUUUCAAUGGACUGAUUUCCUUAUAUGAACUAUAAAAUCAUUCGAAUUCAUGUUGCGUUUUAUAUUUUUGUUCAGUAUAGUUUUUUUUCUUCUUCUGUAUGUCUCUACCAGGAAGGGGGCAGUUGACUGUACUUUAUAAGCCAACGUAGCAGAUGGAGAUCUGUAAAACUCACUCCUCAGCCUGAAGUGUCUCCACUUGCGCUGCCACAUAGCUAGCUUUUCUGUAGCAUGACUGGGUAAGACGCUUCAGGAGGGUGUCACGUGUGUUUGUGAGGCAGAGGUCCUGGGUUCGAGCCUCUGUAUGAGCAGAAGGAAUCUGUACUCCCUAAGCAAGCAGCGUGACGUCCUUUUACACUAAUACUGUUUUUUUUUUUUUUUUAUCUGCAGAAGUGAGCCCCAUUACAACCCAGCCCAGAAGAGUUCCCAGUCCAUAGCCUUCCCCAGACUGUUAUACUUUGGGGAUCAGAACCUGCUGACCUGGACAGACUCGGCUAUCUAUGUCUUCACUCCUCAGAGUGGCCAGGUGCUGCUGUGGACCGAGGUCAAAGGUUAGUAGCAGUAGCUUUAGGUAGGACUUCAGCAUUAUCCCAUAACAACAAACUAACUACACGGAACUAAAAUAUCAACGCAACAUCUAAAGUGCUGGUCCCAUGUUUUCAUGAGCUGAAAUAAAAGAUCCCAGAAAUGUCCAUACGCACAAAAAGGCUUAUUUCUCUCACAUGUUGUGCACACGUUUGUUGACAUCCCUGUUAGUGAGCAUUUUUCUUUUGUCAAGAUAAUCCAUCCACCUGACAGAUGUGGCAUAUCAAGAAGCUGAUUAAAAAGCAUGAUCAUUACACAGGUGCACCUUGUGCUGGGGGACAAUAAAAUGCCACUAAAAUGUGCAGUUUUGUCACACAACACAAUGCCACUGAUGUCUCAAGUUUUGAGGGAGCGUGCAAUUGGCAUGCUGACUGCAGGAAUAUCCACCAGAGCUGUUGCCAGAUAAUUGAAUGUCCAGGACCUCCACGUCCGGCUUCUUCACCUGUGGGAUCGCUAGAUUAGUGUCUGAUGCAUUUAUUUCAAUUGACUGAUUUCCUUUAUAUGAACUGUAAGUCAGUAAAAUCUUAGGAGUUGUUGCGUUUUUAUAAUUUAGUUCAGUAUAUGUAGUAUUUGAGUGCACACUUCAGAUCUGUGACUAUUUAUCUAGAGGUUUCUCUACUAGCCUUCGGUUAAAAAAGGCCAAAAUAUUAAUUCAUGAUCUGAAAAGAAAAUGGACACUCAAUAAUUUUGUUUUUUCCUUCUGCAGAUCUGGUUGAGAUAGCGGUGUACCGCAACGAGCUGUUCUGUCUCCAUGGUGACGGCCACUUGUCCCACCUCUCGCUGUUGUCUGUGGAGCGGUGUGUCGAGAGGUUGCUGCGCAGGGAGGCGUGGCCUCUAGCGGCCACGGUCUGUGUGAUGUUCCAGCAUGCUAUCGCCCCCAGCAGGGUGAGACUCAUAUUACUGCAGUUUUUCCCAAACAUCUCCUCAAAGUGCUCUUAGGGCGUUUUGAGCUGUAGUUCGAAUCAGAGUUCGACUGUUUGUUACAUUGUAUUUCUUUUUCAUCUGGUUCAGUUGGUUUCACAUUGCCAAAUGUCGAACUAACAAAAAUUCCUAAACAAAAACCACGUAUCCAUGCAAGUCAUUUGUUUAUUGGACAAAAAAAAAUGCUCACGUUAAAUCCAUUUAUGAUUAUCAUGAAGCAUCACUUGUGUGUCCCAGUCUUCAUAUUACUUUUCGCUUUGGUCUUCCAACAACAUGCAGGAGGAAACUCAGGGCCGGCCCGACCAUUAGGCAGAAUUAGGCCUUGAUCUACCCCAUUCAUAGACGCUAACUGCUUUAGCACCUAUUGACGAUAGUAUCUUCUGACGGGGGGGGGCUUUUUGUUAAGAGCCCUGGCGCUCGGUCUGAAAGUUAACACGCAUCGCUUGCGGUACUGUUUUGGAAACAUAGGGACCUUUAUCUUUCAUAUCAGCGAGGAAAUAAUUUUCAAAAAUACAAAAGGUUAAAUUGAUACACAUUCCCACACGGUCAUAUCUCCAUGUUACAGCGUUUGCUUACAGAAGGAAGACAGAGGCGACCACCUGUGCUAAUGAUCUAAUCUAGCGUGCUCUGAACACCUGUGUGGAAGCGUAACUCAGGAAGCGUAACUCAGGAAGUGUAACUCAGGAAGUGUAGUUUGUCAGCUGGAGGCCCCACAGCUGUGUGGAUCUGUGCAUAAACUACAGUCAGUGUAUUUUUUUAUUUGAAGGAUUCUUUCUCGCUGAUGAAAGAUAAAGGCCAUAUGUUACAAAAACAGUAUUAGUAAGCAAUGAUUAUUGAAGUUUCGAAACCUUAAAACACAGCAUCGGGAUUGUAGUUGACAUGAGCCAGUCAUGGGUGAAGCUAAUGGCUGAGAACUGUAGGGAGAAGGCAGAAUGGAUGAACUGUAGGGAGAAGGCAGAAUGGAUGAACUGUAGGGAGAAGGCAGAAUGGAUUAACUGUAGGGAGAAGGCAGAAUGGAUGAACUGUAGGCAGAAGGCAGAAUGGAUGAACUGUAGGCAGAAGGCAGAAUGGAUGAACUGUAGGCAGAAGGCAGAAUGGAUGAACUGUACGGAGAAGGCAGAAUGGAUGAACUGUAGGGAGAAGGCAGAAUGGAUGAACUGUAGGCAGAAGGCAGAAUGGAUGAACUGUAGGGAGAAGGCAGAAUGGAUGAACUGUAGGGAGAAGGCAGAAUGGAUGAACUGUAGGGAGAAGGCAGAAUGGAUUAACUGUAGGCAGAAGGCAGAAUGGAUGAACUGUAGGGAGAAGGCAGAAUGGAUGAACUGUAGGAAGAAGGCAGAAUGGAUGAACUGUACGGAGAAGGCAGAAUGGAUGAACUGUACGGAGAAGGCAGAAUGGAUGAACUGUACGGAGAAGGCAGAAUGGCUGAACUGUAGGCAGAAGGCAGAAUGGAUUAACUGUAGGCAGAAGGCAGAAUGGAUGAACUGUACGGAGAAGGCAGAAUGGAUGAACUGUACGGAGAAGGCAGAAUGGAUUAACUGUAGGCAGAAGGCAGAAUGGAUGAACUGUAGGGAGAAGGCAGAAUGGAUGAACUGUAGGGAGAAGGCAGAAUGGAUGAACUGUAGGGAGAAGGCAGAAUGGAUGAACUGUAGGGAGAAGGCAGAAUGGAUGAACUGUACGGAGAAGGCAGAAUGGAUGAACUGUACGGAGAAGGCAGAAUGGAUGAACUGUACAGAGAAGGCAGAAUGGAUGAACUGUACAGAGAAGGCAGAAUGGAUGAACUGUAGGAAGAAGGCAGAAUGGAUGAACUGUACGGAGAAGGCAGAAUGGAUGAACUGUACGGAGAAGGCAGAAUGGAUGAACUGUACGGAGAAGGCAGAAUGGAUGAACUGUACGGAGAAGGCAGAAUGGAUGAACUGUAGGGAGAAGGCAGAAUGGAUGAACUGUAGGGAGAAGGCAGAAUGGAUGAACUGUACGGAGAAGGCAGAAUGGAUGAACUGUACGGAGAAGGCAGAAUGGAUGAACUGUAGCCAGAAGGCAGAAUGGAUGAACUGUACAGAGAAGGCAGAAUGGAUGAACUGUACAGAGAAGGCAGAAUGCCACCUAGGGUUUCUAGAGAGCUAGGUUAGGCCUAUGGUGGCAGAUUGCCGAGGGUGGCAUUUUCCCAGCUACACUGACCAAGACGCACCUCCAACAACACACACAACCUGCCAAAUAAUUCUGCCAAAAAAAAAAACAAUGACAAAUGCUCUCAACUAGUGGCAUAUAGGCAUUUUUUUAAAAGUGAGUGCUGAUGGUAAGCAAUGCCUACUUUGUCAAAGGCGAAAGGCGCUACAUAGUUUAGCUCGUCCAUUCCCAGCUGCUGCUGGGGAGACUCAAUGUAUAAAUAAUUAAAUAAUUGGUCAUUUAGCAGACGCUCUUAUCCAGAGCGACUUACAGGAGCAAUUAGGGUUAAGUGCCUUGCUCAAGGGCACAUCGACAGAUUUUUCAUCUAGUCGGCUCGGGGAUUAGAACCAGCGACCUUUCGGUUACUGGCACAACGCUCUUAACCACUAAGCUACCUGCCGCCCAUGUAUCAGAUAUAGGAUAUGGUAGAACCAGUAUGUGGCCUUUUCUGUAGCCUACAGGCUGGAGAUAAAAACGUGUGACGAUGUAAUGAAACGGACACUUUUCACAUCAUGCAGGUUUCUCCGAUCAAAUAGCCUCACCUAAAUGGCGCUCAAUCAAAUCAAAUAAAACGUGUUAACAGACAACGUAAUCCUAAAAACAGGGCAGGUCAAAGUAAACUUACGUUUACAUUUUAAGUCAUUUAGCAGACGCUCUUAUCCAGAGCGACUUACAGGAGCAAUUAGGGUUAAGUGCCUUGCUCAAGGGCACAUUGACAGAUUUUUUCACCUAGUGUUGCUCGGGGAUUAGAACCAGCGACCUUUCAGUUACUGGCACAACGCUCUUAACCACUAAGCUACCUGCCGCCCCAGGUUUAGCCCCCUAACUUGACAAUAAUGGGAUGGGAUACUCACAACUGCUGUCCAAGAGUUUCACCCCAUGGGCUAAAUUAUCACGAUCAGUGGUUUCAAGUUUGUAUGUCGGCUGAUAAUAGCGAAAAUUGAAAAUAUCCUACUUCUGCAUUUCCCACUUGUGUAAACACAUUUGAUUCUCAUUGCAAAUAGGCUCAGGAUAACUCUUGAUAAAGUUGGGUAUCUGAUUUUCAGAGCUCAAAUAGCCAAAUUGAUUAGUCCCAGGAAUCAGGGUUAAAAAAAGCCAAUGUAAUGGCCUGUUUUCCCAACGGUAGGCCUACCACAUGGAUGGGCAUUCAGAAAACUCCAUUGCUGGCAGACACUAGGCUACACCCCAGUAAGCACGGGCCGACAACAUUUGUACGUCUUUUUUUGGUCCUGUUUGGACUGGCCUUCUUUUUUUUGGGGUGCAGUCCGGACCUUGAUUUCCACAGACGUUGAUUUUGGGUGCAGUCCGGACCUUGAUUUCCACAGACGUUGAUUUUGGGUGCAGUCCGGACCUUGAUUUCCACAGACGUAGAUUUUUGGUCCGGUCUGGAAAUUUGGGGCAUUUAAGAUAACCCUAACCCUUUUCUUAACCUUAACCUACAUUUAUUUUUUAUUUUUUAUUUUUAUUUCACCUUUAUUUAACCAGGUAAGCCAGUUGAGAACAAGUUCUCAUUUACAACUGCGACCUGGCCAAGAUAAAGCAAAGCAGUGCGAUAAAAACAACAACACAGAAUUACAUAUGGGGUAAAACGAAACAUAAAGUCAAAAAUACAACAGAAAAUAUAUAUACAGUGUGUGCAAAUGUAGCAAGUUAUGGAGGUAAGGCAAUAAAUAGGCCAUAGUGCAAAAUUAUUACAAUUAGUAUUAACACUGGAAUGCUAGAUGUGCAAGAGUAGAUGUGCAAAUAGAGAUACUGGGGUACAAAUGAGCAAAAUAAAUAACAAUAUGGGGAUGAGGUAGUUGGGUGGGCUAAUUACAGAUGGACUGUGUACAGGUGCAGUGAUCGGUAAGGUGCUCUGACAACUGAUGCUUAAAGUUAGUGAGGGAGAUGAGAGUCUCCAGCUUCAGAGAUUUUUGCAAUUCGUUCCAGUCAUUGGCAGCAGAGCAAUUAACCUGCUACGUUAAUUGUCCUAACGUGCUGUGUAAGUUCUCCUAACCUGCUCUAAAAAGUCAAAUCCUGACAUUAAUUUGACAAAAGAUGGAAUCCCUUCUAGCCAUGACCCCAGGACCGGACCUGGCCGCUCUAACUGUGACGUGAAUAGUCUAUAUUCAGUAGCCUGUAUCCCCGGUAUAGCCCCCGUCUCCCCUAAUCUGCAUCGGAUGCGCUCAUAAACGCGCUGCUACUCACAGAAUGUUUCAGAGAUCUCAAAUGCUCAAGUCAAACAACCAAUAAUAACGCGCGACUUGUGGUUCUUUUCCUGUGAUUGGUCCGGACUGCGUUCUCACCUGCAGCGAACUGCACCACGGUACGAAUUGAAUCGGACCGAGACCACCCUUUUUUGAGCGAACCACAGUGCGUUGUUUAGUGUGCUCCUGAGUGCGAAUAGUGUUCACACCAGUCCAAACGAACCCAACUAAGGGGGUAAACGCACCAGAGUUGGGGGGGGGGGGGGAAACCGCUCCAAACCAAUUUGGUGUGAAAGCCCCCUAAAAGAAAUGGUUGGGGGUACUUGACUGACCCACUAGCACCCUCCUGAGUCCAGGCUAACCCAAAUCAUAUUCUCAAGUAUCAUGUUAGCUAACUGCAAAUGUUGUGUGCUGAAAAUCGGAAGAAGACGUGUAUUAUGAUUUGAUUUGAUUUAUUAGGAUCCCCAUUAGCCGACGCCAAUGGAGACAGAUAGUCUCGAUGUGGUCCUCUGUAGCUCAGCUGGUAGAGCACGGCGCUUGUAACGCCAGGGUAGUGGGUUCGAUCCCUGGGACCACCCAUACACAAAAAAAAAAGAAAAAGAAAUGUAUGCACGCAUGACUGUAAGUCGCUUUGGAUAAAAGCGUCUGCUAAAUGGCAUAUUAUUAUUAACGGAGUCCGACACAUAACGAAAAAUACAUUAUAGACAAAGUAAUUUACAAUUUACAUACAUUUAAAAACAUUAACAUGUAGUGUGAAUGUGCAUCUAUCAGUUACACAUACAUGUCAGUACAUACACACAACAAGUAUGUCACAUGGGGGAGAGGCGUUGUGCCGUGAGGUGUUGCUUUAUUUGUUUUUUGAAACCAGGUUUUCUGUUCACUUGGUCUAUAUGAGAUGGAAGGGAAAUCCAUGCACUCAUGGCUCUGUAUAAUACUGUACGUUUCCUUGAAUUUGUUCUGGACCCGGGGACUGUGAAAAGACCCCUGGUGGCAUGUCUGGUGGGGUAAGUGUGUGUGUCAGUGCUGUGUGUAAGUUGACUACGCAAACAGUUUGGAAUUUCCAACACAUUAAUGUUUCUUAUAAAAACAAAAAGUGACGCAGUCAGUCUUUCCUCAACUCUCAGCCAAGAGAGACUGGCAUGAAUAGUAUUUAUAUUAGCCCUCUGAUUACAAUGAAGACGUGCCGCUCUGUUCUGGGCCAGCUGCAGCUUAACUACGUCUUUCUUUGACCAAAUGACUGAACAAUAAUCAAGAUAAGAUCAAACUAGAGCCUGCAGGACUUGCUUUGUGGAGUGCGGUGUCAAAAAAGCAGAGCAUCUCUUUAUUACGGACAGACCUCUCCCCAUCUUUACAUCCAUUGAAUCUAUAUGUUUUGACCAUGACGGUUUACAAUCUAAGGUAACACCAAGUAAUUUAGUCUCCUCAACUUGUUCAACAGCCACACCAUUCACUACCAGAUUCAGCUGAGGUCUAGAACUUAGGGAAUGAUUUGUGUAUCCUCCGUGCUAAUCUGAUUAUCGUUCCCAGGCCAGGAAGUCGAUUCCCAUCGACCGACUGGAUCACCUGAGGUCACAGCUCAGUGUCUCCACCCACCUGGAUCUGAUUGGCCAGCUGGAGGAAGUGGGCGCCAAACUGGAGCCUCUAGACUCCGCCUCCAGCAGUCGCAGGAGCAGCAUCUCCUCUCAUGUGAGUCUGUCUGGAGGUCCUGUUUGUCCCUGACAGGACACAGUAGUUCUGAACUAUUAAACUAUGCUGUGUAGAGAUGUUAUAUUGGUAUCUCAGGUUUUACAAGAUGUUCAGUAUAACUUGUAUAGUGUCUACAUAAAGACACAUUUAUAACCCAUACACAACACAUACAUGCAUAACACAUUUUUUAAGCAGUGCAUGACAUAAGGCUUUAUGUGAUUUUAUUAUGAAUGUGUUAUGAAGUCCUUAUGUUGGUAACCCUCAAUCUGUUCUUUAUUCAGGAGAGCUUCAACGUCCUGGACUGUGGCAUCUACCGUGUCAUUAGCCGGCGAGGCAGCCAAUCGGACGAGGAGACCAGCUCCCUGGUCAGCCAAUCGAUGCUUGAGGAGGAGCGGCUGAAGGAGUUUAGCUUGGUUCAGGAGGAAGAGGAGGAGGAGGAGGAGGAGCGGCAGCAGGGGGCGGAGCAUGGUAAAGAGACAGGUGCAGGGUUUCGUUUUAAAUAACCCACCGUUACCAGCCCUGAGGAAGUUCUCUGACUAAAAUGAGGAAGAGAAAUGAUCAUGUUUUGUAGUGGUGGGAGUGGCGUUACAGUGGCUUGAUUUCAUUUUGUAUGGGAAGUCAAAUGUGAAUGAAACUACUGUAGAAUAAAACCCUAAUAGCAUUAACACUAGAGAAAAAAAACAUGUAAGUUACCUCCGUGGGAUCAUCCUGUGCACAUUACCUCAUCAGGGUUUUUUGUUGGGUGUUAUUGUUAUUUUAUAUAUAUAUUAGUUUUUUAUUUUUAUUUUUUUGCAGUGGUUUUGUGCAGCUUUGGCUGCUUGCAUUCUCUCCUCUCAUCCUCCUCCCCAUCCAUCCAUCCAUCCCUCCCUCCCUCCCUCCCUCCAUCCCUUCUUCCUCCAGAUCCCCUGAGCGGUGAUGGUUUGAAGGGUACUGAACCCAGCGGUAACCACCAGUUCCACCUCCCCAUGUCAUUCCGCCCCAAACACUCCCGCAUUGCCCUGAAGGCCGUCAGAGACAGGUGA